GUCCCUUGAGUGGAUACAUCGAUUUUACUCCUACGACAACGGCAACCUCUCCAUCGUUCAUAUAUUUUGGAUCGAUUUUACGGAAGGAAAUCUGUUUUUUUCCUGGACGCAAUGGCUGUUGGUGCCAAGUUCAGUUUUUCCGUAAGGAGCAUCCUGGAUUUGCCUGAGCAUGAGCCUGACACUGCGCAGACAUCUCCAAUAGACUCACGCUCAAGCUCCCCUUACUCAUCCUGGAUGGACAGCGACCGAAGCUCUCUCUCUUCAGAUGAAGGCAGUCCAGAAACCUCUGCACACUGUACAAAAUCGGACAAGUGUUCUCUGGACUCUCAGGCGGAGAAGAAGAAGCGCCGCGUUCUCUUCUCCAAAGCCCAGACCUUCGAACUGGAAAGGUGCUUUCGUCAGCAGCGUUAUCUUUCUGCCCCAGAGCGCGAACAGCUCGCGCACCUACUUAGCCUGACGCCAACACAGGUCAAAAUCUGGUUCCAAAACCACAGGUACAAAAUGAAGAGGUCACGAGCAGAGGUCGCGUCACAAGACAUACUGCAAACGCCAAUGUUGCGCAGAGUUGUAGUUCCCAUCCUAGUUCGGGAUGGCAAACCUUAUCAGGCCUGUAUCAUUGAUACAGAUAAAGGAGGCUGCCUUGGACCGACCACAUCCCCGGGUACACCCUUCAGUUUGGCGUACCAGUCUAACCAGCAUCCGACACCUUUCGCUCUGUCUACCCGAUACCAGCACUUCGCUAGCCCAGCAGCAUCCAGACAUACCUUCGCUUGGAGAGACUUUCUGAACGACUCAGUUCAGUUCUGUUCUUUAAAAUAUUAACCAAAGGGACUAUUCGUAGAUACAAACUUAA